AUGGCCGCCACGACCACCAGCGUCGAGGCCUCGACUGGUACCGCGACAAAACGCCAUGGCGGCAAGGAUCCGACCGGGGUCGAGCCACGAAACGGCACGGUGACCGACAGGGUCAAGACAGCUUGGUCGCAGAAAAAGUAUCGCCAUGUCGUUGCCGUCCACUCCCAGACAAGGCCCUCGUGCCUCAGCCACGAUUCAGAUGCUGCCCCCAGCUUCAUUGGCUUCCGCAACCUCAUGGUCAUUGUCUUGGUCGUCGGCAACCUGCGAUUGAUGAUUGAAAACAUCCAAAAGUACGGAGUCUUGAUCUGCAUCCGCUGCCACGCCUACAGCCGCCAGGACGUCCUCAUCGGCGGCCUGCUUUACUUCCUCAUCCCCUGCCAUCUCUUGGCCGCCUACCUCAUCGAGCUCGCCGCUGCCCAGCAGGCGCUGGGGUCGAGGAAGCGCCUCAAGGACGGCGCCACCAGUCCCUCUGAAGAAGACCGCAAGAGGUUUCACGCGACAUGGCUCAUCGUCGCCUGGGUCCAUGCGGCCAACAUCACCCUGGCCCUGGUCGUGACCUCGGCCGUCGUCUACUUCUACAUCCACCACCCGCUCAUCGGCACUCUCACCGAAAUGCACGCCAUCAUCGUCUGGCUCAAGACGGCCUCGUACGCCUUCACCAACCGCGACCUGCGCCACGCGUACCUGCAUCCCGUCAGGGGCGAGCUCGUCCCAGAGCUGUACUCCAAGUGCCCGUAUCCGCAAAACAUCACCUUUGGCAACCUCGUCUACUUCUGGUGGGCCCCGACGCUCGUCUACCAACCCGUCUAUCCCCGGACCGACAAGAUCAGGUGGCUCUUCGUCGCCAAGAGGCUCGGAGAGGUCUUCUGCCUGAGCGCCUUCAUCUGGUUCGCCAGCUUCCAGUAUGCCGCGCCCGUCCUGCGCAACUCUCUGGAUAAGAUUGCGUCGCUCGACUUUGCCUCCAUCCUUGAGCGGCUGCUGAAGCUGUCCACCAUCUCACUCGUCAUCUGGCUCGCCGGCUUCUUUGCCCUCUUCCAGUCCUUCCUCAAUGCUCUCGCCGAAGUGCUACGGUUUGGUGAUCGGGUAUUUUACGAUGAUUGGUGGAACAGCGAGAGCCUGGGCGCAUACUGGCGGACCUGGAACAAGCCCGUCUACACCUACUUCAAGCGCCACGUCUAUAUGCCCAUGAUCGGGCGUGGAUGGAGCCCCAUGAUGGCCAGUCUUGUUGUCUUCUUCGUCUCGGCCGUCCUCCACGAGAUUCUGGUCGGAAUCCCCACUCACAACGUCAUCGGCGUUGCCUUUCUCGGCAUGUUUCUCCAGUUGCCUCUCAUCGCCAUCACAGCGCCCAUGGAGAAGAUGAGGCUCGGCAAAGGCGGCAAGCUCGUGGGCAACGUCAUUUUCUGGGCCAAGUACGGGAGCGUGAGCAGGGAGAUGCAGCAAACGGUGAGCAUCAAGUAG